ACUCCGUUUUUGUUACAGGAAGGCUCUAGGGCUGUAUUACGUGUCUCGAUAGCCCCAGGAACGUCCAUUAACAAUGCCUAAACCGCCAGCAGCCGAUAAGGAGGAUCCCGAUCCUACCCCAUACUUGUUCGUUUCUCUUGAGCAGAAGCGUAUUGACCAAACUAAGCCCUAUGAUGCCAAAAAAUCUUGCUGGGUCCCGGACGACAAGGAGGGUUUCUUACUUGGUGAAAUCCGAGGAACGAAAGGUGAUCUCGUCACCGUUGCGGUCGGCGGUGGAGAGGAGAAGAAUUUCAAGAAGGAACAAGUAACUCAGGUGAACCCCCCCAAGUACGAAAAAUGCGAGGAUAUGUCCAACUUGACAUACCUCAACGACGCUUCCGUAUUGCAUAAUCUCAAGCAAAGAUAUUAUAACCAACUUAUUUAUACUUACUCUGGUCUUUUCUGCGUCGCUAUCAACCCCUACAAGCGCUUCCCCGUCUACACGAACCGUUGUGCCAAGUUGUACCGUGGCAAGAGGCGUAAUGAAGUGCCACCCCACAUCUUCGCCAUUUCUGACGGUGCCUACGUUAACAUGUUGACUAACCAUGAGAAUCAAUCUAUGUUGAUUACUGGUGAGUCUGGUGCCGGAAAAACAGAAAACACGAAGAAAGUAAUUGCCUACUUCGCCACUGUCGGCGCCUCAACAAAGAAAACUGAAGAGCAGACCAAGAAGGGUAACUUGGAGGAUCAAGUCGUCCAAACUAACCCUGUACUUGAAGCCUUCGGUAACGCCAAGACCGUGCGUAAUGACAACUCUUCACGUUUCGGUAAAUUCAUCCGUAUCCACUUCGGUCCCACUGGUAAACUGGCCGGUGCCGAUAUUGAAACUUAUCUGCUCGAGAAGGCCCGUGUCAUCUCUCAACAGCCUCUUGAAAGAUCCUACCACAUCUUCUACCAAGUCAUGUCUGGUGCCGUUAAAGGACUUAAGGAACAAUGUUUACUUUCUAACAACAUCAGCGAAUACUAUUUCGUCGCUCAAGGCAAAACUACUAUUCCCAAUGUCGAUGAUGCUGAAGAACUUCAAAUCACCGACCAAGCCUUCGACGUCUUGGGUUUCACCCAAGAAGAGAAGGAUAACAUCUACAAGAUCACAGCCGCCGUAAUGCACAUGGGUUGCAUGAAGUUCAAACAGAGGGGUCGUGAGGAGCAGGCCGAGCCCGACGGUACUACGGAAGGUGAGCGCGUCGCUACAUUGUUGGGUGUUGAAGCUCCCGCUUUGUACAACGCCUUGUGCAAGCCCAGGAUCAAGGUCGGUGCCGAGUUCGUCACCCAGGGCCGUAAUGUCAACCAGGUCAACUACUCCGUUGGUGCCAUGUCAAAGGCCAUGUUUGACAGGUUGUUCAAGUUCCUUGUCAAGAAAUGUAACGAAACUCUGGAUACCAAACAGAAGAGGCAGCACUUCAUUGGUGUACUGGAUAUCGCCGGUUUCGAAAUCUUCGACUACAACGGUUUUGAACAGCUGUGUAUUAACUUUACCAAUGAGAAACUGCAACAAUUCUUUAACCAUCACAUGUUCGUACUCGAGCAAGAAGAGUACAAAAUUGAGGGUAUCCAAUGGACCUUUAUUGAUUUUGGCAUGGAUUUGUUAGCCUGUAUUGAGUUGAUUGAAAAGCCUAUGGGUAUCUUGUCCAUCCUUGAAGAAGAGUCUAUGUUCCCCAAGGCCACCGAUAAGACCUUUGAGGACAAGUUGAACACCAACCACUUGGGCAAAUCUCCCAACUACCAGAAGCCCAAACCACCAAAGCCCGGUCAAGUGGCUGCUCACUUCGCCAUCGGCCAUUAUGCCGGCAACGUCGGCUACAACAUCACUGGCUGGCUUGAGAAGAAUAAGGAUCCCUUGAACGACACCGUCGUCGAUUUGUACAAGAAGGGCUCCAACGCACUCAUCGUCGAGAUCUUCGCUGACCAUCCUGGACAGUCUGGCGGUCCUGAUGCUGGUGGCGGCAAGGGUGCCAAGAGAACUAAAGGUUCAGGCUUCCAGACUGUAUCAAGUUUAUACAGGGAACAAUUGAACAACCUGAUGACCACCCUGCGUUCCACCCAACCUCACUUCGUCCGUUGCAUCAUCCCCAACGAGUUGAAACAACCCGGUCUCAUUGACUCCCAUCUAGUAAUGCACCAGCUGACUUGCAACGGUGUACUUGAAGGUAUCCGUAUUUGCAGAAAAGGUUUCCCCAACAGGAUGGUUUACCCCGACUUCAAACUUCGUUACAAAAUCUUGAACCCGUCUGCCGUCGAUAAGGAGUCUGAUCCAAAGAAGUCCGCCGGUUUGGUUCUUGAAUCCACCGGUCUUGACCCUGACCUUUACCGUUUAGGUCACACCAAGGUCUUCUUCCGCGCCGGUGUCUUGGGUCAGAUGGAGGAACUUCGUGACGAACGUCUUGGCAAGAUCGUCACCUGGAUGCAAUCUUGGAUCCGUGGUUACUUGUCCAGAAAGGAAUUCAAGAAGUUGCAGGAGCAACGCUUGGCCCUCCAAGUGUGCCAGAGAAACUUGCGCAAAUACCUCAAGCUCCGCACCUGGCCCUGGUACAAGUUGUGGCAGAAAGUCAAGCCUCUCCUCAACGUCACCCGCAUCGAGGAUGAGAUUGCGAAACUGGAAGAAAAAGCUGCCAAGGCACAAGAAGCCUACGAACGCGAAGCCAAAGCCAAGAAAGAAUUGGAAGGACUCUACUCCAAACUCUUGGCAGAAAAGACUGACCUUCUCUCCAGUCUUGAGGGAGAAAAGGGAUCCCUCUCCGAAAUCCAAGAGAAAGCCAACAAACUUUCGGCCCAGAAGAGCGAUCUAGAAUCACAAUUAUCCGAAACCCAAGACCGCCUCAGCCAAGAGGAGGAUGCUCGCAACCAACUCAUGCAACAGAAGAAGAAACUCGAACAAGAAAUCUCCGGAUACAAGAAAGACAUCGAAGACCUCGAACUCAACGUACAGAAGGCCGAACAAGACAAGGCUACCAAGGACCACCAGAUCAGAAACUUGAACGAUGAAAUCGCCCACCAGGACGAACUCAUCAACAAGCUCAACAAGGAGAAGAAACUCUCCGGAGAAAGCAACCAAAAGGUCGCCGAGGAACUCCAAGCCGCCGAAGACAAAGUCAACCACUUGAACAAAGUCAAGGCGAAACUCGAACAGACCCUCGACGAACUCGAGGACUCUCUCGAACGCGAGAAGAAACUUCGCGGUGACGUUGAGAAGUCCAAACGCAAGGUUGAGGGCGACCUCAAGCUCACCCAGGAAGCCGUAGCCGAUCUCGAACGCAACAAGAAGGAACUCGAACAGACCAUCCAACGCAAAGACAAGGAAAUCUCAUCUCUCACUGCCAAACUCGAAGACGAACAAUCCGUUGUCGGUAAGCUCCAGAAACAGAUCAAGGAACUCCAGGCCAGGAUCGAGGAACUCGAAGAGGAAGUCGAAGCCGAACGUCAAGCCCGCGCCAAGGCCGAGAAACAACGUGCCGAUUUGGCCAGGGAACUCGAAGAAUUGGGCGAACGUUUGGAGGAAGCCGGUGGUGCUACCUCUGCCCAGAUCGAACUCAACAAGAAACGUGAAGCCGAACUCGCCAAACUAAGAAGGGACUUGGAAGAAUCGAACAUCCAACACGAAAGCACUCUCGCCAACCUCAGGAAGAAGCACAACGAUGCCGUCUCCGAAAUGGGUGAACAGAUCGACCAACUCAACAAACUUAAGGCCAAGGCUGAAAAAGAAAAGGCUGCAUACUUCGGUGAACUUAACGACCUCCGCGCCUCCGUCGAUCAUUUGGCUAACGAAAAGGCUGCCGUCGAAAAAGUGUCCAAGCAGUUGCAACAGCAACUCAACGACGUCCAGGGCAAACUCGACGAAACCAACCGCACCCUCAACGACUUCGAUGCCGCCAAGAAGAAGCUCUCCAUCGAAAACUCUGACCUCCUCCGCCAACUCGAAGAAGCCGAAUCUCAAGUUUCUCAACUCAGCAAGAUCAAGGUCUCCCUCACCACCCAACUGGAAGACACCAAGAGGCUCGCCGACGAAGAAGGUCGCGAACGCGCCACCCUCCUCGGCAAAUUCCGCAACUUGGAGCACGAUUUGGACAACAUCCGUGAACAAGUUGAAGAAGAAGCCGAAGCUAAAGCCGACAUCCAGCGCCAACUCAGCAAAGCCAACGCCGAAUCCCAACUCUGGCGCCAGAAAUACGAAUCCGAGGGUAUCGCCCGCUCCGAGGAACUCGAGGAAGCCAAGAGGAAACUCCAGGCCCGUCUCGCCGAAGCCGAGGAGACUAUCGAGUCCCUCAACCAGAAGGUUGUAGCUCUGGAGAAGACCAAACAGAGGUUGACCACCGAAGUCGAAGAUUUGCAAAUCGAAGUCGACAGGGCUAACGCCAUCGCCAGCGCCGCCGAGAAGAAACAGAAGGCAUUCGACAAGAUCAUUGGAGAAUGGAAACUCAAGGUUGAUGAUUUGGCCGCCGAACUCGACGCCAGCCAGAAGGAAUGCCGCAACUACUCCACCGAAUUGUUCAGGCUCAAGGGUGCCUACGAAGAGGGACAAGAGCAACUCGAAGCCGUCCGCCGCGAGAACAAGAACUUGGCCGAUGAAGUCAAGGAUCUCCUCGACCAAAUCGGUGAGGGUGGCCGCAACAUCCACGAAAUCGAGAAGGCCAGGAAACGCUUGGAAGCCGAAAAGGACGAACUCCAAGCCGCUCUGGAAGAAGCCGAAGCCGCUCUGGAACAAGAAGAGAACAAAGUUUUGCGCAGCCAGCUCGAGCUGUCUCAAGUACGCCAAGAAAUCGACCGCCGCAUCCAAGAGAAGGAAGAGGAAUUCGAAAACACCCGCAAGAACCACCAACGCGCCCUCGACUCCAUGCAAGCUUCCCUGGAAGCCGAAGCCAAGGGUAAGGCUGAGGCCCUCCGCAUGAAGAAGAAGUUGGAAGCCGACAUCAACGAGCUCGAAAUCGCUUUGGACCACGCCAACAAGGCUAACGCUGAGGCCCAGAAGACCAUCAAACGCUACCAGCAACAGCUCAAGGACACCCAGACCGCCCUCGAGGAGGAACAGCGCGCCCGUGACGAAGCCCGCGAACAGCUCGGCAUCUCCGAACGUCGCGCCAACGCCCUCCAGAACGAGCUCGAAGAGAGCCGCACUCUUCUCGAACAAGCCGACCGCGCCCGCCGCCAGGCCGAACAGGAACUCGGCGAUGCUCACGAACAGCUCAACGACUUGGGAGCCCAGAACUCUUCGCUCUCCGCCGCCAAGAGGAAACUCGAGACCGAACUCCAGACCCUCCACUCCGACCUCGACGAGCUCCUCAACGAGGCCAAGAACUCCGAGGAGAAGGCCAAGAAGGCCAUGGUCGAUGCCGCUCGCCUCGCCGACGAGCUCCGCGCCGAGCAAGACCACGCCCAGACCCAGGAGAAGCUCCGCAAAGCCCUCGAGACCCAGAUCAAGGACUUGCAAGUCCGUCUCGACGAAGCCGAGGCUAACGCCCUCAAAGGAGGCAAGAAACUCAUCCAGAAACUCGAACAGCGCGUGAGGGAGUUGGAGAACGAGUUGGACGGCGAACAGAGGAGACACGCCGACGCCCAGAAGAACUUGAGGAAAUCCGAGCGCCGCAUCAAGGAACUGAGCUUCCAGGCCGAGGAGGACCGCAAGAACCACGAGCGCAUGCAGGAUCUCGUCGACAAGUUGCAGCAGAAGAUCAAGACCUACAAGAGGCAGAUCGAAGAGGCUGAAGAGAUCGCCGCAUUGAACUUGGCCAAAUUCCGCAAGGCACAGCAGGAGCUGGAGGAAGCCGAAGAACGCGCCGACCUCGCCGAGCAGGCUAUUGCCAAAUUCCGCGCGAAGGGACGUGGGGGAUCCGCAGCCAGGGGAGGCAGCCCAGCGCCCCCGACACGGCGCCCCCAGUUAGCUGACGGACUUACCUUCCCACCACGAUUCGACCUGGCUCCUGAAAACGACUUCUAAAUUUUAUUUUUUAAGCGCUGUGUUAAAUUUUACGAACUUUACGCGGAACAAGAUCGAAUCCGCUUUUUAAUUUAUUACAACAUUCAUUUUUCUUUUAUUUUUUAUUUUUUGUUUUCACAAUUUAGGAUUGUAUUUUGAAUGAUUCCGUUGUUCAUUAUGCAUACGAGAUAGGGGAAUUCUAAGGGACACAGAGACACGUACUUCCAUCAACAGCCCUUACAGUCUCCGAGUUCUCAGUGCCAUCUUUAAUUUUAUAUUAGGUUCUCAAAAAUGUAUUGUAUGUGUGACAUGUAUGGCUUAAGGCACCAAUAAACAAGUUAUAUCGUUA